CUUGUACUAGUAGUAGAAAUUUCUUUCAUCAUACUUUCUCCCAUAUCAGUGUAAUAUUUGAAUAUCAACCCUUCAAAUUCCACAUCAAUGGACAAAGUAGUACUAUCCAUUAUCAUAAUAAUGACACUGCCCUUUCAUUUUCAUAAUCAUAACAAUAAGCGAUAAGAUUAAUGACCACACCAUUUUCCAUUUUCCAUUUUUGAGAGCCUCUCUUUCUUUUUUUAUCAUCAGAAUCACCUCAAGGAGAACAAACACUUGCUCUGAUCAUGGCAGCUCGCUCACUUUCCCGCUUACUCUCUCGCUCUCUGUCCUCCUCUUCUUCCGGACCUGCUGCUUCUCUGCUUCGCUUACCACUAGCACUAGGAAGAAAAUCUGAAGGGUGGAGCAACACAAACAGAUUCAGCACCGCUGCAGCUGUUGAGGAAUUGAUUACUCCACAAGUUUCAAUAAAUCAUACACAGCUUCUCAUAAAUGGCCAAUUUGUAGAUGCUGCAUCAGGGAAAACAUUUCCAACUUAUGACCCGCGCACAGGAGAAGUGAUUGCUCAGGUAGCUGAAGGCGAUGCUGAAGAUAUCAAUCGUGCAGUAUCAGCAGCUCGUGAGGCCUUUGAUAAUGGACCUUGGCCUAAAAUGACUGCUUAUGAAAGAAGUCGUAUAUUGUUGCGCUUUGCUGAUUUGGUGGAGAAGCAUAAUGAUGAGAUUGCAGCUCUGGAGACAUGGAACAAUGGAAAGCUUUAUGAUCAGGCUGCCAAGACUGAAUUACCUAUGUUUGUCCGCUUAUUUCGCUAUUAUGCUGGGUGGGCAGAUAAAAUUCAUGGGAUGACAAUUCCAGCUGAUGGAAGUUAUCAUGUCCAGACAUUGCAUGAACCAAUUGGUGUAGCAGGACAAAUUAUACCUUGGAAUUUUCCUCUACUUAUGUUUGCUUGGAAAGUUGGACCAGCACUAGCAUGUGGUAAUACCAUUGUCCUGAAGACUUCUGAGCAAACACCGCUAACGGCUCUCAUCGUGGCAAAACUAUUUCACGAGGCUGGUCUUCCCCCAGGUGUUCUGAAUAUAGUUUCUGGCUUUGGUCCAACUGCUGGUGCAUCUCUUGCAAGUCAUAUGGAUGUGGACAAGUUAGCAUUCACUGGAUCGACGGAUACUGGAAAGACUGUACUUCAACUGGCUGCAAGAAGCAAUCUUAAGCAAGUGACAUUGGAACUUGGAGGAAAAUCACCUUUCAUUAUUUGUGAGGAUGCUGAUGUUGACAAGGCUGUUGAAAUUGCACACUUUGCUCUAUUUUUUAAUCAGGGGCAAUGCUGUUGUGCUGGAUCCCGUACCUUCGUACAUGAGAGUAUCUAUGACGAGUUCUUGGAGAAAGCUAAGGAGCGGGCUUUGAGACGUGUUGUUGGUGAUCCGUUUAAAAAUGGUGUAGAACAAGGUCCUCAGAUUGAUUCGAAACAAUUUGAGAAAGUACUUAGGUACAUAAAGUCUGGAAUUGAUAGCAAUGCUACUCUUGAAUGUGGAGGUGGGAGAUUGGGUUCAAAAGGCUUCUUUGUCCAACCAACAGUGUUCUCAAAUGUUCAGGAUGAUAUGUUGAUAGCAAAAGAUGAAAUCUUUGGGCCAGUUCAGUCCAUCUUGAAGUUCAGGGACAUUGAUGAAGUGAUACGACGGGCAAAUGCGACACAAUAUGGUUUAGCGGCAGGUGUUUUCACGAAAAAUUUGAGCACAGCCAACACCUUGAUGCGGGCACUGAGAGCUGGAACAGUGUGGAUUAAUUGCUUUGAUGUUUUUGAUGCUGCGAUUCCUUUUGGUGGUUACAAGAUGAGUGGGAAUGGUAGGGAGAAAGGAAUCUAUAGUCUUAAUAACUAUCUGCAGGUAAAAGCUGUGGUGUCUCCCCUGAAGAAUCCUGCGUGGUUGUAGAUUGUAUUUGUUCAGUUUGUUAAUUGUGCAAAACAAUAAUCCGAACGCAGCUUGUAUGUGAUUUCAUGAGUCACUUUAGCUUAUAAAGUGGUCUCGAGCUUGAAUCCACGUCUUUAGAAGAUAAUGAGCUUACUUCAUUAUGGAUUUGGACUUACUAGAUUUGGACUUGUUAGUUCUUAGUACUAGAGCAACGACAAGUGACUUUUGCUUUUGCUUA